GCGGCCCCGCCGGCGGCGGAGAAGGCAGCGGCGACGCCGAGCAUUCGCUCGGCAGUUCCCAAGCCAGCAAGCGCCCGUGCCGUCCUUCCAGGAGUCCCGAUUACCGCCCAUCCAUGGAGUCCGCCGAGGCUUUGGCGGCCAAUCAGAAGAGCCGCAGGAACGUCACCAUCGAGAUCAGCAAUCUGACCGCCGGCUUCGUCCUUAAGCGCCCCAGGGUGCACCUGGAGAGCGGCGACUGCCACAGCCCCCCUCAGCCCACCGUGCGCUCCAUGCGCACCGAAGUGUGCAACUUCAACAAGACGGACGCCGCCGCCUCGGGCGCGGUGGGGGUGCUCACCUAUGAAAUCCACGAGCGCGGGGCGGCCGUCGCCAAGCUGGCCAUCAUGUUCUCCGUGCCGUACGACUUCACCUUCUUCAAGAGCUGGAUGGGUGUGGGCAUCUUCCCCACCAACCGCGAAACCGACGGCAAGCUCUACAAGGAGAUGUAUGAAAACAAGGAGCAGAAGGGCUUCGCGCGCCAGCUGGCCAACGGCAACGGCCUGACCUUCGAGAGCGGCAAGAUGGACGUCAAAGUCACCAUGUCGCCUUUGGGCAAGUCCAUCAUGAAGCUGGAGCUGUGGGACUUGCACUUCCACCCCUGAGGGCCAAGGCCGCAAACGCACGCAGAGGCCCCGUGGCCACCGGGUCAAUUAAAAAAAAAAAGUUGCUCUUUUGUCUU